AUGGCGGCCUCCAAUGGCUAUGCGAGCGGCAGUCCCGGCGAGCAGGUGGCCAAGGUGGUCUUCGUUCGCCACGGAGAAAGCCAAGGCAAUGCGAAAAAUGUGUAUACGGGCUGGGACGACACACCUCUCAGCGUCCGAGGUGAGCAAGAGGCCGAGGAGGUGGGUCUUUGCCUCAAGGCAAGGGGGCUGAAGUUCGACGCGGUCUUCACCUCAGCGCUCCAGCGUGCGAUAAAGACGGCAGAGUUGGCCACCCGUGUUUCUGGAAACACCUCCGCACCCAUCGACAAGUCCUGGCGGCUGAACGCACGCCACUCUGGUGGACUUCAAGGAUUGACACAAGCCGAAGCAGUUGCCCUGUAUGGCGAGUCCAAUGUCACGCACUGGAGAAGCAGCUACGACGUCCUGCCAGCUUGUGUCGACCGCGAGGAUCCGAGGCACCCCGCAAACGACUCGAAGUACGCGGACGUGCCGCCGGAACAGUUGCCCCCUGGCGGAGAGUCACUGGCCUGCACGGUGCGGCGGGUGGUGCCGCAUUGGCAGGAGAAGAUCGUGCCGCGAAUCCGCGCGGGAGAGUCUGUCUUGGUAGCUGCGCACAAGAACUCACUGCGCGCGCUGUGGAAGUACUUGGAGAACGUGCCAGAUGAAGAUGCCCUGGACAUCAAGAUGAUGCCUGCGAGUGCACCUUUGGUCAUGGAGUUCAAAGUGCCCGCGGUCGGAAGCGACUUGGUCUUCGUGCAGAAGUACAGUCUGAAUGCCCCGAAGUUCAAUCCCAAGGUGCCGGUGGACACGAGGACCACGAACAAG